AUGCUGCAGGUAAAAGCUCAAGACUAUCCCCACAUUCUCGUCACUACUGGCUUAAACGAUCCUCGCGUGAUGUACUCGGAGCCUGCUAAGUUUGUCGCAAAGCUGAGGGAGCUUAAAACAGGCGACAAUCUCCUGCUGUUCAAGUGUGAGCUUGGUGCUGGACACUUCUCCAAGUCCGGGAGAUUCGAGAAACUCCGAGAAGACACCUUCACUUGCGCAUUCAUACUCAAGGCGCUCGGCAUGACCCCUCCAACAACACCAUGA